AUGUUUGUUCCAAUUCCUUCUAAAAUCGAUGCCAAAAAGGGCUAUAGAUAUUUGAAUCCUCCACAUUUCAGAUCUGAGUUAGAUAAAUGCCUUCAAUGCUCUGAAAAACCAUGUAACCAAGAAUGCCCAUGCAAAGUUGACCCAUCAGAGUUUAUUAAUGCUGCCAUGGGAGGUGAACCAUCCGAUAUGGACUACGCUGCACUUUGUAUCUACUCGAAACAGCCACUUGGAUCUGUUUGUGGUGUUGUUUGUCCAGUUACACAUUGUAUGUCUCGUUGCUCACGCUCUAAACUUGAUGCAUCCAUUAACAUUCCAGCACUACAAGCAGAAAUUAUUAGACGCGCAUGCAAGGAAGGCCGCUUCAGAGAAUUGAUCAAGAAAAACGAUCCUACAGGCAAAAAAAUUGCAAUUGUUGGUGGUGGACCUUCAGGACUUUCUGCAGCUACAUGUUUAGCAUCACGCGGCCACAAAGUUACAAUUUUCGAGAAAAAUUCUGAAGUUGGUGGAGAUAUACAAUUAAUUCCAAAAUAUAGAUUCCCAGGUGAUGUAAUUCAAAUGGAUCUCGAGUUAUUGAAGAUUGUUGGUGAUACAGAAAUCAAAUUAAAUACAACCUUCGAAAAAUCUAUGGAAAAUGAUUAUGAUGCAGUUAUAUACGCUAUCAGAUCUCAAAAUAUUACAAGAAUGAACUGUCCAGGCAAAGAAUUAGCAAUUACACCAAAUGAAUUUUUCCAUCUUCCAACAGAUACAUUCAAAGAUAAAGUUGUUGUCAUAAAUGGAUGUGGUGGCGUUGCUGUAGAUGUUGCAAACGUAGCUUCAAAGUACGGUGCUAAAUAUGUUACAAUCUUUUAUCGUCGUACAGUCGAUUAA